AUGAACGAAGUUAAUGAUGGCGCCAGCUCUCAAUCCAGCUCUCAAUCUCCUCUGUCACUUGCGGAGACUGGAGAGCAUACAUACACUGAAGUCUGCUACGGCGCGGAAGGCUCUAUCCAGAGCAUCAACGGCCGCGACUAUCGCACUUAUUGCUACAACUCUAAGUGGAAUGGCUUCGUUGGAAUGGGUUAUUUGCCAACCCUUGAAGAAUGCGAGUCAAAGUAUAACGGCUACACAACCAGUGCUACAUAUGGCUUCCACUGGUAUCCAGGCAGCGGUGCCUGCUACCUUUUCGUCGACAAGUCCGCCCAGCUCUAUGUCUAUCACUACGGAACAAACGAGAAAAUCUUUGCUAUUCCCACCUCGCUACCUGCAGAGACUCCACUAUGCCCUUUAGCGACCAAAGAAGGCGAAGUGUGGAAGAUUAACGGCAAACUAUACCGUCUCUACUGCAGAGGCCAGGCAAAGGUUGACGCAGCAAACAUUAAGCAACUUGGCAAGGCGAGUUCUAAUAUAACUGAGUGCGAGGAGUUCUCGCGUAAGGAAAAUGGCGAACUCUUCCACUGGUACCAGUAAGUUGCUGCGCCUUGUGAUGUUUCACCAGCUGACCAUACCUUUCACACUCAACUACAAAUAAUUUACUGACUACAACUAUCAACAGGAGCUACCAAGCUGAAGCAGCAGGUGACUCCACAGGUAAGAGAAACUGCGAGGUUGUCACUUCUUGGCCGGGUCCUAAAAGACUUGUGCCACUUCGCACAAAGAAUAGCUACAUGGCAGCAGUUCCAUAUUCCGGGAAGGAAGAAGAUGUCGAGAUAGCUGGUGAGAUAGACGACUGAGUUGAGGGUACAAUAGACUCUCUACUUGGUCUCCUAAUUCGUCUGAUACAUAACAAAUUCA